CCUCCUGUUUAGUAAUAAUUAACAUCUGAACUGUGCCGUCGUGAACGUUACUCUCUCAUUUCCAUUCUUAUCUAACCAAAUGUAGAUGGAGAUACGAGCUGAAGUUCCUCUUCAGUAGAAUUCAGUCGUGAUCUUCACUCUGCAAAGGAACCAUGCUGGAACCCGUCAGUGUUUUUAUUCUCAUCCAGCUGUUUUUAACAGCUGGAACGACUGCUGAUGGGAGUGUUCAGAGGACUCCGUUCAGCUCUAAUCUAGGAAACAGGGAAGGAGGGGACCAGACGAUAGUUAUCAUGGAAGAGGACCCUGUAGUGAUGGAGGCAGCCACUCACCUCUUUGAGAAGCAUCUCACCGCGUCAGCUUUGCUGAGGUACCAGAAGGGGGCGCUGCAUGUUCUCAGGGGAAGCCAUUUCUUUUUUACUAGAGAUCAUGAUGUCAUACUGGUGGGCCACGGCAGCAACGGUACCAACGGAACAGUCCAGCUAGCCGGUCACGGCCCAGAGGAACUUGCCAGAUUUGUGUCAACCUUAAAAACGGACGGCAUGUUCGGUCAUCUCGGCACCGUCGGCCUCAUCAGCUGCAACCUCGGAAAUGACCCGCACUUUAUGUUGCAGCUGCUACGAGUUCUCCGGUCCCUCGGCGUGGAAACAAAGCUACACCUACACAACUCCUUCCUGUCGGUUAGUUCUGAUGGAGAGGUAAUGACGUGGACUGACGGAGUCUGGAGGUCCCAUGACCACAGCAGAAGAGUCAUCGCCGAACUGGACCAAAGAGGAGACCUGCUUAUGAAAGUGGAGCUUGGCUGUGUGGGGCCGGUGUUUCCUGGUUAUAAAGGAAAGGCUUUGUACCUCCAGACGUCGGAGUGGCCAAGCCACCCUCAAAUGUUUGUUCCAAUGGAGCUGCGCAAAAAGUACCCUUCCAUCGACUGCCUGGAGGGGCUCACCUGGAGCUUGUUCUUUGAGGAGAACGAAAGAAGGCGCGCUCCUGAUUACGUCCCAGAUGAAAGACUCUUGGAAGCAGUUUGGCUCACAGAGUCGGGACCAGAAGACAAUGACAUCGUCUUGAAGCACAUCAACAACAUUCAGGAUCUACUUGUGGAGAUACGAUACGUCGCCAAAGAGGAAGUUGCAUCAGACCUUUACUACGUUCUCAACGAAUGCAUUUACAAAGUGCACGGGAAAAAUCUAAGCGUGAGUCUGGAGGGCAAGUUCAUGAGCGCCGACAGUCGAGCUGAAAUUGAAUAUUUCCGUCAGAAUUUCGACGAGCAGCUGGGCGAGUUCUCCCUGCAGGAGCUGAGAGAGGGUCUCAAAGCGUCCAAGUUCAACGACUUCUGUCGCCAGACGUUCCAGUUCCAGCAGUGUAACUACAACUGUGAGCGAUGGGGUCGCUACUUCAUGGUCGCCGUGUUUUCAGCAUCCGUGUUUAACUUCAGAACCUUCUCGCUUUUCCUCAUGAGCGUCAUAGGUUGCGAAGUAGGCCGCUCGCGAGGCACCGACAGCCCGCUGUGCACGGCUUUCGUCGGAGUCGAUCACCCCAUGAUGACCGACCAACCUUGGCCUGAGCAUCUGCGGCGAGGAUUCUACGGCUGCACCGUCGACGACUUUGAAAUGGCUCCGCGGGACAGACAGAUCUGGGUCGAACAGGUCGUCGCGAAGGAAAACGCCCUGUACAGCGAAUCCAAGCAGAUGAUGAACGGCGUCGACCACGACGAGCAAACGGAGCUGGACAUCUUUGGGAGGGUCAAGGUCAUGAAUAAGUACGUGUUCUCAUCUUAUCUGGAAUUCUUUCGAGGUACACCCGAGGGAAGGAAACUCAAGAGAGGAUGUGCUCCCUCUUUCCCUGAGAAUAUAACUCCGUAACGCUGUGUACUGUGAUGACAGCAGCUCAUCUCAUCAUGUUUCCGUUGCAUAGUCGGCUCUAGUCACUGAUGUUGUGUCCUGCUUCAUACUGAUGUGAUAGUCUUCUUCUACUGCUUCAGCUCGCUGGCAAAGCAACACAUUUGAUUGUUUAAAUAGCUAGAAGAGUGAAUGAUCCUGAUGAUGUACUAAAUUAAAGCUGUUACUUCACAUUUUCUCAUAAACUACUGAAACAGCGUGAGGCUUUUUCUUUUCUUAUUAAAUCAAUAAAGGAUUAAACUAUAACAAAUUGCAGUAUUUGGUGAUUUCUUUGUAUGUUUAUUACAUAAUGUUUCUUUAUGGUGUCACACAGGUCAGAAUACAGAGAAUUACAAAAUAUAAAUACAUAGAAAAUGCAGGAUCGCAGAGGGUAAAGCAUUACUGUGUAGAACAUUAUAAAAAGGACUGACUAUAAAGACUCAAUUUGAACUGUCACCAGAUGAAAGUCAAACACACACUGACAUUUAGAAACAAUCCAAAGUAAACUUUUUGUGUUUUGUUACUGACAUACAUGAGAUAAAGUUGAGAUGAUUAGUAUUGCAUAUUUAAAGACAAGGUUUAAUAUACUGUGUAAACUGUCAUUAAACACAAUCGGAGUCAGUUCUGCACAAAAGGAAGAAAUUCUAAAUGUUUCAAAGCUUCUGAAAGUUAAAUUCGACAACAUUUGUUCAACGUUUCUGAGGAUGUUUGAUGACACUCAA